AACAGUACCUUAUUGAAAUGUUCCCCAUUAAAAACUACAUGAUAUUUGCAUAAUGACUUUUCAUCGCUCUUCUAUUUGCAGAAAAACAGUAAAGUGUAAGACGUCUCUGAAUUCCUUUUUUUGUCCCAUUCAAGACCUAGUGUGUAAUUCAGGAGAUGCAAGUACAGUUCAUCUAGCUGUAUUCAUCAGCCCGGUCCGCAUGACUGGUCUCCAUAGAGAGACUGGACCUGUCAGAAAGCAGGCCGCUGAUGUGCAAGAGAACAGAGGUCAAGCCAAACAUUGAUGAGUCUUGGCAGAGCCGGAGGUUUUCACAUCCAUGACCGAAUCGGUCAAAAUGGUCAUUUAGCUGGAGCCAGUGGGGGGCUGGUGAGGGUCCAGAAUCAACGUCGCUUACACCGUCUUUUAGUUUAGAUGCAAAAACUCAAUAAUGAGAGCGUUCGGUCCAGAGAGCCUUACCAGACAUGUUCGUCAUGUUCAGACCAAAACACUGCAAACAUUGAACGGUUUGGCGGCCAUUUAUUACUUUGAAGACUUCUUGAUCUGGGAGUUUGCUUUUUCCGUUGUGUAUCUGUUAAACAGUCACGAAAAGUUCUGAAACUCUGAAACUCAGCAAAUCUGAAACUCUUUCGCUCCUUUAAGUUGAACGUUUAUGGCUGCACGGCGCAUAAAGUCACGCUUAUUUAUCAUUAUAGCGGCAUUUUUAAGUAUCGGGAUGAAGUCUACCAAACUCUGCAUCUAUAAAGUCAGCCUGACAGAAAUGAAUGCGGUGUUGUAAGAUGUUGUAUAAUCACAAACCGCUUUGCUUCAUCGUUCAUUAUGGGGCAAACUCAAGAACAAAACGAGGGCAUGUCGAGCCCAGCGUGAAAAGAAACCUCUAACUGCGUUGAAGAGAGCAGCUGGAAGUGUUUUAGCAGCUUGUCAGCACCUCAUUCACUCUCCCUGCUGUCUGUCCUCCUCGCGCUGGUCAUGCAUUGACUUUUUUUAAGAGUUUGCACAGAAAAUCUUUACCCGUCACACAGUUUCUGAAAGCAGCAAAAAACUAACUUGAUUUUCAGUUUCACGAAACACUUUUUGCAAAACAUCUGACACGAGGUGUCUUGAUUUCCGCUUUCAGAACACAACCAAUCCAUCACUAACUCCUCACUUCGCUGAACACCAACCAAUCAGAGCUUUAGAACAGGCCUAUAAACACGCAUCUUAAAACUACUUUUCUUUGGUAGGGCUACUGUAUAAUGCUCUAUCCACGGCCGCAAUUUCAACAUCUUUCUACCAGUUACUUUCAGUCUUGCACGUUGUGAGCCCUGUCUCAAGUAAAGGUGAAUGCGCUAAAUAAAAACGAAAACUCGUGGUACUGAUGCAAAAAAGCACACGCGCGCACGUGUUUCCGCGUGCAUGUGAUACCUAUCGCGUGACAGUUACACGCCAAAGUCAUUUUUUGCGCAUCUAUACCAUGCGUUUUAAUUAUUGUUUAUUUGGCGUGCUAUUUAUGCGCACGUUCACGGAAAAGUGAUGUGCACAGGAGAGCUUUGGGUUUUGAAUAACUAGGAUAUGCAAAAAUAUAAUAUAACGGCAAAAGCGUUAGUGGUUGCGUUUGAGAUGCGUGCGCGACAUUUUAAGUGCGCUGCUUCUUCUUGCGUUCUUGGCUUUGCGCGUAAAGUUUUCAGUUAGUGUAAUUUCAAAACGUUUUUAAAAUGAAAAGUGCCACGCCAAAUGCAGAAAAGUGAACGUCAGAGGAACAGAGCGAGUGCGUCGCAGCGCGUGCUUUCAGGAUGAUGCGUCACGCUCCUGGUCGGCUGCGGGCGUCAUCAUCUGUCAUCUGCUGCGAGAAACAAGUGUAUGAGCACCGAGCACCAGCCUUCCUCCAACGACACGCGGAUUUCAGCAGCUUUCCGUCACUCCGCGUUAAAGGGACUGCGCGCGACAAACCGUGAAUAUGGCAUCAGUGUGCGCGGUGGCACGCGCUCUUCUCUGCCUGAACAUCGUCAAAGUUUACUUCGUGAACUCGUCUGAACCGAACGGAGAUGUUCCUGCGACCCAGCCGUCGUUCCACAGCCCUGCUCGAGACAUGAUGACUGUUAACAUGUACAGAGUUUAUGAUAAAUACAGCAAGAAGCAUCAUCAUCAUCAUCAUCAUCAUCAUCAACAGAACAUAAACACCGUCCGAAGCUUUAAAGGAGUCCCGGAGAUCUCGCGCCACAAGGUGGUGUUCCGCUUCAACCUGACCUCCAUCCCCGAUUCGGAGGCGAUACUGAUGUCAACUCUGCACUUUCUCGACCAACAAGCUCGCCCGCGGCCUUGGGCCUGCCGUCGUUCCCGAGGAGCCCCGUGCCGUCUCCAGCACCUCCAGUCCCCGACCAUCACGCAUCUCAUCAUCGAGGGAACGUCCCCAAACGCCGCCGUCCCCUCGCAGCUGAGCAACAUCACGCUGUCUCCUAACAGAAAGGGGCUUUGGCAGAUUACAGACGUAUCAUCAGCUAUCAAACAAGCGCACGCGAACGGCGAGCUCUCGAUUACCGUCGAGUUCGACUUCGGCCAUCGGAGACGUCCGGAUCGCUCGUCUCCUCAAAGCCUGCCGUUCGUGCUCGUGUACGCCGAUGACGGAGCGAUAACGGAGCCCAACAGUGUGGCUGCGAGUCUGCAGAGAUACAGUCCGUCUCCUGCGCACGAGGACGCCAGGACCGAAGCACCGGCAUCUUCACUCAACUCUAGAAUCAGAAGGGAAGUAGACCACCUGCAGAGUAACCACCUGCCUGACCUCCGGUACAACGAUCUGAAGAGCGGGGAGAUGUGGGAGGGAGCUUUUUUUGUGAAAAAGCCCAAAUCCUUGUCGAAAGGUCCGGAAAAUCACGGAGGGCUGAGGGGGUCGAGGGAGCUCAGCUUCGACGAGAAGACCAUGAAAAAAGCCAGACGCAAGCAGUGGAGCGAGCCGCGAAUGUGUUCUCGCCGCUACCUGAGGGUGGACUUCGCCGACAUCGGCUGGAGCGAAUGGAUAUUGGCGCCGAAGGCAUUCGACGCCUACUACUGCGCAGGAACGUGCGGCUUCCCGAUCCCAAAGGUGGUCCGUCCGUCCAACCACGCCACCAUCCAGAGCAUCGUGAGAGCCGUGGGGAUCGUCCCCGGGGUCCCAGAGCCCUGCUGCGUCCCGGACGAGAUGAGCUCUCUGACUGUGCUCUUCCUGGACUCCGGCAGGAACAUGGUGGUAAAGAUCUAUCCCGGCAUGUCCGUGGAGACCUGCGCCUGUCGAUAACUAAACACAAAGGGACCGCUAUCUCUGCGAGCAAGACCUGGAAACCUCAAAUAAUCACACAAACAUUGUAUCCUCUCCACUCUUUCUUUUGUAUAUAAACCUCGUUGUAACAUAUGGUGAGCGGUUUUCGUUUUGAUCGUGCAUUUCUGUAAAUAAAUCCUGUAACACUUUGCAACA